AUGAGUUCACACCAGCAGAAGCAGCCCUGCACAGAACUUCCUCAGCUGCAUGAACAGCAAGUGAAACAGCCUUGCCAGCCACCACCUCAGGAGCCAUGUGUUUCCCAAAUCAAGGAGCCCUGUGAUACCAAGAUUCCUGAGCCCAGCCACCCCAAGGCCCCUGAGCCCAGCCACCCCAAGGCCCCUGAGCCCUGUCACCCCCAGGCCCCUGAACCCUGCCACCCCAAGGCCCCUGAGCCCUGCCACCCCAAGUCUCCUGAGCCCUGCCACCCCAAGGCCCCUGAGCCCUGCCCCUCAACUGUCACUCCAGUCCUAGCCCAACAGAAGACAAAGCAAAACUAA